GUCUGGAAGAACUCUCUCACUUGCGCUGUCCGAUCCUUUAGCACCAUGAUUAUAAGAUCAACUGCCACUGUCAACCAUCUCAACAAGCCAGCUGCUACCCAUCAAUUCAUCAACAGCUUUAGGGACAUCACGAUUCUCAGCUUUAGGUUUAGGGACAUCAAUUCACCAAUUCAUCUCAGCUGCUACCUUCACGAUUCUCAAUUCAUCUCAGCUGCUACCUUCACGAUUCUCAUUUAAGAUUUACUAUUGCACUCCUGAAAGGCCUCAAGCUUAUACCAGUCUUUGACCUGUGCGGUCGCAUGCCCACCUACAGAACUCACAAACGAGAAAGCUAAGGCGCAGCUGGUUAGGUUACGAUGGAGAAUUCUAUGAAUCUACUAUUACAAACUACAAAACAAGAUAAUCUUCUCAAGCUCAAAAGAAGGUUGUUGAUGGAUUUGCCUCUGUCUGGGUUGGAGAAAAAGCUACACAAGGAAUUGAAUCAUCUGGAAGACAUGUUUACACCUGAAACAUUGAUUAGAGAAGAUGAUGUAUACUAUGACAAUGUCAGGUCCUUCGUCGAAAGGGGUUUUGGAGUUCAAAGCUUGGUAAAAAAUCAGGAAGUUAAAAAGGAUGGGCCAUCCUUUGAUUCACAGUAUCUAUUGAACAAUCUGUCAUCCCUGCUUGAUAAAAUGACAAACAACGGAUUGUGUUGUCUUGCUGGCUUGCUGACAGAGGGCUCGAUUGAGUUUGAAAAAACUAGGUGGAAAAUGAGAAAGUUAAUCAAAGAAUACCUUCCCACAUUUCUUAACAAGGAAAACCAUAAUGUUGAAAUGAGAAUGAAUCAGAUUUUCAUUCUUCUCAAUAAUCCUCAGUAUAUCCUGGGGUUGGAUAGGGUACCAACUGAUUAUCAAACUGCUGCUGCUAGUGUGUUAGAUGGACUUGAGGAGUUGCCUCUUAAGACGCUAAAUGCAAUGCACAGGAAGCUUAGAGGUCAAAGUGGGUACAUUCCUGAGUUAGGUCCCUGUAAACAUCAGGUGAAACAUGUCUUGAUAGAUACUGUUAGGAAACGUUGUAUGAAGAUGCUAUCAGAACUGCGUGAAGGGGAAGAGUUACAGGAACCUCUGGUCAAAGCUCUGGCAGUUGCAGGCUUAACGCUAAAAUUGAUACUUGGCCGCCCCUCUGUAGUUGAAUUUCGAACAUUUGCACCUCAUAUAGAAUCCCUACAGAAUGAUAUUGCAAGGGCUAUUUGUCUUCUUAAUUCUGGAAACAGUGUGGUCGUUGCUGAAAUUGAAGCAUUGCAUGAAAUCUUGCAUCAGUGGGCAGACUCUAAAGUUGAGAAUUCAAAGCAAUGGUCGUGCUUGACUAUAAGGAAUCUUUUCAUGGAUUUUCUUUUUGAGUGUGAUGAUAUGGAAAUUAUUCCAGAAUGUUUAGUGCAGGCAGUUUACUACAUUAACAAAAGAUUCUGUAAUCCAGCUUGUAGGAGCACCUCAAAGGAUGAAGUGGAACAGGAGGUGGAAUUUUUAUUAUGCUUGAGUGCUGAGACAAAGCAGGUUGUCUGGAACCUUCUACCUGGACAAGAAGUUGAUCAAGAUUUUGCUAACGCCUACAUGGAGGUAUUAGAGGAAAGUGAUGAUGACGAGGAUGAGAAAGGGAUUGAUCUUCCUCAAAGUUCUAAAUCAAGUUUUGAUGAUUUUAAGGACUUAACAGAGUGUUUUGGUGAAACCAACCCCCGUGAUAUUGAUUCGCCCAUCUCUUCAGGUAAUGGAGAUGGCAGGGCUUCACUUAUUUCACCCACGAGUAAGUUAAAUAGUAGAAUGGAAUCCGUGCAUUUUGCGAGGGAUAUGUUUGAGCCCAAUGAUUCUGUCUAUUGCUCUUCUGUUUCACAAUCAAAAAUGUUAGACAACAUAGAAAGCUCUAAUGGAAAUGAGCGCCAGUCGGCAAGUUUGUUAAAGCUUGAACCAACUGAUUUGCAUCCUUUUUGCUCUACAGUCAAUCAAUGUGGAUCUUCUUCACCUCUCUCUGCUGGCAGAAGAGAAAGUGGCCAUGAUCUAAAGACAGACAAAAUUGUGAAUAACAAUGCAAGAAAUGGAGAUUCCCUGCAUUAUAGCUCUCCACUGGGAGAGAGAGGUAUAUUGCACCACAAGCAAUGUAAAGGUGUAAAUAAGUACCUUUCUAUACAGACAGCUUGUGAUGAGACAAGUAUGGCCAUCUACAGUAUUAUUGGUGGCAUGUUAGAUGAGUUUGCACAAGCACAACACCUGAACCUAGGCAAGCAUCACUUGACAUAUCUUCAAAACCGUGAAUCAGUACCUAAUGACUCCAAAGGUAUGAAGCGUGCUAGGCCUGCAUGCUUGCGUUGAGUAAUGGAUGUAAAAUAGUAGGCCGCCACAGCAAUUUAUUCAGGUUCAUGAGAAGGUUGGACUUUCGCAAACUUCAUAUGCAGGUCAAUUUGUGAGAAAAGCAAAAAAUGGAGAGCAAAAGAAAGGAAUGAGCACAUCCUUAGACACUGCAAACCUCGUGUUGUCAUCCACCGUAGAUGAGUUUGCAAUUGAGGAUACUCGAAUCUGGGACAACAGAGACAGAGAUACAUCAUUAACCAUUGCAACCAUUGCAUAUCUUGCGCUGUCCAAAUUUUCCUGGAUGGAGGCAGUAUUUAGCUUUUGGUGUUUGUGCUUUAUGGUGUUUUCUAGAGCAUAUUUCAUCGGGAUUGGAGAUCCAAUUCAUGGUAAAUGUCAAAGACGGUUUACACUUGCCAUCCUGGUGUUUGUGCUUAGAGAGUUCUGAAUUCAAUAAAGCUUAGUUGUCAUUAGUGAGUCUUUCUUGGGGAAGAAAUCACCAUACAAUUACUAACCUAUUCUGAUUCAAUCCUACACCAGCCAGUUCGUAGCAA